UCAGGUUUCAUUUGCUCAGCACAAACUUAUAUUUCAGCUAACAUCAUGUUUGGCAGGUUUGAGAUAAUGGAGAGGAGGAGAUAGCGUUCAAGAUGGUACGGACAAAUGUCUCCCAUGUGGUCGGCCAGUUGGACGACAUCAGGAAGAAUCCCAGGAAGUUCAUAUGUCUGAAUGACAACAUCGACCACAGCCACAAGGACGCCGCUACGGUGAAAGCUGUGCUGAGAGACUUCUACGAGUCCAUGUUCCCGCUGCCGUCCCAGUUUGAGCUGCCCCGAGAAUACCGCAACAGGUUUCUGCACAUGGAAGAGCUGCAGGAGUGGCGCAUCUAUCGGGACAAGCUGAAGUUCUGGACCCACUGCGUCCUUGUGACCCUCGUCAUCUUCACCGUCAUGUCCUUCUUCGCCGAACAGCUCAUCCUGCUGAAGCGAAAGCUGUUCCCCAGACGCCGUGCCAACAGGGACAGCAAUCCCGAGCGGGUCUAAAAGAGGAAGACGUCCCUCUCUCCGCCUUCCCUUCUCACCCUAUGAGGGGAUCCAGACCGGGAGGGGACAGGGAGGGGGCGCGGCGGCGGACUGGGAACAACCAGGCAGAAGGAACCUGUAGUCCCUCUUCCCCUCCACCAGGGGCAUGUGAGACUUCUCCUGCAGCACAAGCGCCACACGCACAGCUCCCACAGCCCCCCCCUCACAUCCCGCCAACAGUUUUACUGUUAAAACACCAAACUCUUCAUCGGAGAAGGUUUUUACCAGAAAAUCAACAACGUGCCCCGACCUGUUUACCGGUGCCAAGUGCUUAUAAAUUCUGCUUUUGUCUGUUUUGAUAUCGUUUAAGUUAAAUGUAAGUGUUCAAAAGAUUUUCCUUUUUUUUUUUUUGAAUUUCUACCCAGAAAAAUGAUGACUUUUACUGCUAUGACUUAAUUUUAAGACAGUGUUUGAAAAAUGUACAUACACCACAACAGAAGUGAUGGAAGUCACGACUGUUGCACCGUUAUCUGCCAUCCUGAAAGACAUGAAGACUUUAAGUGCCUUUGUUGUUCAUUCCUGCUUAUUUUUGUUAAUUUCUCUCUAAGUGUUGGCCACGUCACACCCGGACCUGUUGGUUGUCUGUAAGAAUGGGGGAGGAUGCAGAAUAAUACGAUGAUUAUUGAUGUAUUGCAGAUAUAUUUGUGCGUUGGAGCUUCGUGAGAAACCGCAGCUUUCACAGCCGCCUGCAUGUGUGUCCCCGUGGGACUCGGCAGGCUCGCUGCUGUCUGAAAUUCAGACCACCUCAGCAUGUUCUGUAACUGAGUUUGAUUGUACUGUCGUGACCAGUGACUAACGCAUCCGACCUGAAUGCCACGUCUGUCGACGCGGCCUCAUGAACUGCUUGCCAUGUGUUCAAAAUCUCCUCUGAAUGUGGGUUUUAUAACGUUCUUUAUUACGGUAACGAUGGUGGGAGACUACUAGCAGCUGGAAGGGAGGCGGCCCAGACUGAUGAUGUAUUUGGAAACGGGAUUUCCUCGUGUUGCUUCAUUGGGUCGGUUCUGAGUGAAAUAAAUGUUGUUGGUUCGGA